AUUUACUUCAUGUAUUCCAAAUUGUGUUUCUAUUUGCAAAAAACUAAUAAGAGCAGAAAAGCGUAGAAAAACAAGACAUUUAUGCAAAAAUUAAGUUACAUAAACUCCAAACUUUUUAAUUUGAAGUUCUCGCGUGGUACUUCCUUAAUUAUAAAUAAAUAGUUCGAGCUUAUUAUUUUCAACAUGUUAAAUAAAUAAAUGUCAUAUGGAAAGAAGAUAAACCAAUUUAAUAACCGAACGCUGCUACUUCUUCGAGGAGGGAAAAAGUAUAGAUGGUCAGGAAAUGAAAAAGGUUAUUAUGUGUUGAUUCCCAAUCGUGAUCCUGUAGCAGAGCUUUAUCGGUUAUUUCCUCAACUUCUGCCAGGAGAGAAACCAUUAAAUGGAUUUACUUGUGCUCUUCAAAAAGAUAUUCUUUUACAAGGAAAGAUGAUUAUUUGCACUAACUGUAUUUGUUUUCAUUCUAAUAUCUUUGGUUAUGAAACUAAGGUUGUUAUAUAUUUAAGAAAUGUGCUUAAUAUUCAACGUGAAAAGACAGUAUUUAUUGUACCUAAUGCUAUUUCUAUUGCUACACUUAACAAAACGUACUUUUUCUGUUCAUUCCUGUCACGUGAAACUGUGUAUAAACUCUUGAUACAGAAAUGGAAAGAUGUUGAAAGCAUUGACAGCAGGAGCUUAAAAAGUUUUUCUGAAAACAAUAUAAUAGGAUGUAUAAGCACGCAAAAAGAUCGACCUCAUACCUCCCCUCCAUCUUUCACAAAUAUCUCUGAAAGAAAUUACCUGAACAGAUGUUUUGGAGUCAAUGAAGAAAUACUUUGUCUAGACAAUGACAUUUUUUAUCAUGGAACCAUGUCCUUUAGUUCUUUGUGCAAAUCAAGAAGCAUAAGCGAUAUUAAAGAACUUUCUAUGCUUAGAAAAAACUUUGGAAUUCAAAAAACUGCAAUUGUUGAAGAAGAACUUAAGCAGUUAUAUAAAAUUACUGUUCAAGAUAAGAUAAUCAAAAAGUCAUUAGAAACACCACAUAAAACAUUAUUUGAAUGUAUUCGACCUAAACAACUUCUUAUUAUUCUUGUGGUUAUUUUUAUAUUCUUUGUUUCUUUAUCAAUAUUGGUGCGUAUUAAUUAUAUUUCUAAUAUACUAAGUUUGGAUUCGAACAAUAAAAGUGAAACGACAAAGUUUGAGAAGCUUUACAUAUAUAAUCAUCAAACUCACUCUGAUAAAAUAAAACAAUUAAAAACAACAUUAUCUUUAAACUUAAAAGCAAUUCAACAUGCACGGAAAGUAUUUGUUGAUUUAAAAGAAGAUUUAUCUCAACUAAAGCAAAUAUUAUGACAUAGAUUAUUAAUAAAUUACAGUGAUAACAGAACAAUUGGCUGAGUUGCCCAGUAUUAUUCUUUUUACAGAUAUGCAAUUUAAAAUGCCGAGCACACAUAUAAAGUAUUAAAUACUCUGCGCUAGAGGUUUUUAACUUUACUGCCAGUAGUGUUAAUGUAGAUAGUAAAACUGCACUUUGGUGCACAUCUAGUGCUUACUAAAUAUAUAAUACUUUAUAUAUUAUAAAAAAUAUAUACUUUAAAUAUUUUUAUAUGUUAAAGUAUAUUUUAUAUUUGCAUGAAACUGGGAAUAUUGAUAAGUUGUGAGUUAAAUCGACUGUUGUUUUUUUUUCAUCAAGCUAUUUUUAUUUCGUAUUUGUUUCAUAUUAGUAAUAAGUAGUUGCAAUAACUUUUUAGUUCUUUUUUCGAGAAAAUUGUCGUUAAAACUUUAAAAAUUGUUAAGUUUAAAAAGUCGAUUUGCAAAUUUAAAAACAAUGCGAGUUCUAAAUUUUUAUAUCCCUGAAUUCUUUGCAUAUGCUGGCAAAUGUAAGUUGAGUGGGGAAGAAUUACAAGAAGAGUCGACAUUACAAAGUAAACAAAUAAUUUUUUUAAAAUAAUAUUUGUUUUUGUAUUUUCGUUAUCUCGACAUGUUUUGUUUCAUUUAUGUAUGAUAUUUGCGCGAAUAAUGUAAAUAUAUAUUUAUAUGUAAAACACAAAUAUUACUAUAAUUUCAAUGUAUUAUUUUAUGUUUUUAUUUUGUUAUUAUAGAUGGCAUGAUUUUUUGUAUUUAUAUAUAUAAAAAUAUAUUAACCUAACUGGUUACUCAAAAUUA